ACUUGGACAUGAAAGCAUUGUAUGGACUCAUCUUCUUCAUCACCGCUCUCUAAUUCUCUAAACCAUACAAACAAAAUAACACAAACAAUGUCAUAUCUUUUAACAACCUUAUUCGCCAUUGCUAUCUCGGUAGCGGUGGCUGCUGUUCUUUACCGGCCCGAACCAUUUCAACCGGUUCAAUUUCCAUCCGGUGAUUUAACUCAUCGAACCGCGAACGCUCCAGCUGUAAACCCGCGCAUGCUGAUUGGGUGGGAAGUUGUGGCAGAGGGAGAGGUGGAUGGACCUGAAGACUUGGCUUAUGAUAAGAGGAGGCGACUCAUCUACACCGGCUGUGAGGAUGGGUGGAUUAAGCGAGUUACUGUCAAUGACUCGGUGGGUGACUCGGUGGUUGAAAAUUGGGUCAACACUGGUGGAAGACCACUUGGACUCGCUUUGGAGAAAAACGGUGAACUCAUAGUUGCCGAUGCUACUUUGGGACUAGUGAGAGUGACACAGGAAAAAGGGAAGCAAACGAAGGUUGAAAUUCUGGCGGAUGAGCAUGAUGGAUUGAAAUUCAAUUUAACAGAUGGAGUUGAUGUUGGUAAAGAUGGAACAAUUUAUUUCACAGACGCAUCAUACAAAUACAAUUUGAAGGAUUUCUACUAUGACAUUGUGGAAGGUGAGCCUCAUGGUAGAUUCAUGAGCUAUAAUCCAGCAACAAAAAACGUAACAUUGCUUGCCCGUAACCUCUACUUUGCUAAUGGAGUUGCGGUCGCACCUGACCAAAAAUUUGUUGUCUACUGUGAAACUGUCAAGAGAAGGUGUAGAAAAUAUUACCUGCAAGGUUCCAAGAAAGGAAGAAUAGGUGAAUUUUGUCCAGAUCUACCGGGCAUGCCCGAUAAUAUUCAUUAUGUUGGCAAAGGACAAUAUUUUAUUGGAAUGUCCACGUCUGUAACUCCUGAAAGGGGUUUAUUACUUAAAUAUCCCUUCCUCAGGAAAAGUGCAGCGAAGUUUGCAAAGUAUUUUAGAAGACCAAAAGUAGAGAAGAACGGUGGAGUUUUAGUUGUGAAUUUGGAAGGAAAGCAAACAGAGCACUAUUAUGAGCCUCAAUUAUCACUUAUUUCAAGUGGGAUCAAAGUUGAAGAUUAUAUAUAUUGUGGCUCUCUUUCAUAUCCCUUUAUACUACGUGUAAAUGUGAAGCAAUAUCCUGCACUUCCCUUACCAUGAACAGGAAAAAUCUCACCCAUAUGAUACGAGGUUUCUUAUAAAGGCCCACUAAUUAAUUUUUGUUAUUAAAUUUUAUAUGUGUAACAUAUAAGAUGUUAAUUUAUUAUUAAAAACUGUAGUGGUAUAUUGUGUGGAAUUGGGUUGGUUCUGGUUAUACAUGUUAUUGGUUUAUGUAAUAGAGACAAAUAAGAUUUUAAUCUUGUAAUU